AAAGGAAUUGUUACUGGGAUUCUUUAAAAAUGGCUACGACUGGAAGAGUUUUGUGUGGGUACAUAUUCGUGUGUGUAUGUGUGAGUGAGGACCGAGGAGAAUUUUGGCCAUGGAUGGUACUUUAAAAACUAUACAUGCACUGGGAGAAAUGUCCAAAUUGUCCUAGAAACCAUCAGAUGAAAUGACAUUUUUGCCCUCAAAUUUGGCAUGUGCGUCUCUCGCACGCUCGCUUUUCGGGUAGAAAUUGGACUGUUGAUAGUUGGAGGUUGCGAUAUAGACAUUUUGUGUAUUAAAGGUUGCAAUUUACUGCCAAAAAAAUUGCUUAGGCUACAACUCCCAAAUACAACAAGUUGCAAAUUAUUAUUUACCCCUUGAAUAAAGAUAACAAGCUCAACCGGAGUACUUAAAAUCUUGGAGAAGACUCAGGGAUCAUGUACACUUUUCUUCUGUUUUCCAAACAAAACGAAAAUGGUAACUGUGGUUUGUAAUAACUAUAGGGAGACAACUGAAACCCCCUUAGGUGGGGCCAUCAUCUUUCCUGUUGCCAUAGAUAUGAAACGUGUUUCAUUAAUUCAUAAUGCGUAAUUCAGUCAAGCACUAGAGUGGCACUAGGGUGGAGGGAAACUUUGUGACCUGUAUAAGGACCUUACAUAUUCAAUAUUAGGUCCUUCAUUCAGAAAAUCAAUGCUGCAUCAUAAUGCUACAGAGGCUAUGUUUGUCUCAUGUUCGUUUCCGACUUAUGUGGCAGUUUAGAUAUGCCGUCAUGUUAUUGAAUUUUGGAGUUCUUUGGCUGAAUUUUGUGCAUAGAGCAUUUAAGGAAUUGACCUGGUUGGUAUUUUCACUGGUGCUACAAUUUCUAUAACAUGACCAUGAAAUAAUACAAGGCCUAGCGCUCAAUAUUGAUUUUCAAUCAUUUUGGCCUGCUCAUAGUUGUGCUUUCUCUAAUCUUGUUAAAAACUUUUGUUUUUUUUCCGAGAAUUCAUGUUGUGGAUAUGGUUUACAUAAUUCUUUUGGUGCAGCAAAAAGUAAUUUACACAGUUGCUACAUACAUAAGAUAAUUGGUGAAGUAGGUGCAAAAAGGCUGCACUUGAGGCUUGAGUCCAAUGAUGCUGUGCCUGUAGGUUAGGUUUAGUACUUUAGUUUGAGACAUGGGAGGAAGGGUGUUUAGACAUGAAAAAUUUCUGUAUAAAAAGUUAAUCUAAACAAUUUUAUAUAUUUUUAUGAUUUUGGAAAACAGUCAUCCAGGUUAUUUUGCAACCUGGCAUUGUAUCACCAUUAAACAAAUUUCUGCUGCAUUUCCUUUUCUAUUCAAAGCACCCAACUUUACUUUACAGAAAUCUCAAAGAUUGCCGAAUUCAUUCAGAGGGGGAGAUCCACUGGCGCCUAUUUGUGCAAUAGCCUAAUUACUAAAUAUAUAAAUAAAAACUAAUGGAGCAAUCAGACCUGAUGGGAGCCCAGAUAAAUAGGGUCCGCGUGAAGAGGAAAACUUUAGAGGAAGUCCUUCAGCAAUGCCAAUUUGCCCUCCAACAACUUGCCUCUGGCUGUGAUGAAGAUGUUGAUGAUGGCGAAAAUGCAGAUGGUGAACUCAAUGUGCCUCAAGAGACUGGUGAAGCUUCCUCAAAUCCUGCCAAUAGUGACACAGAUACAACCGAGUUUUAUGACCUCUUGAAGUCUAGAGUUGAAUGUGCUGAUUUCCUCCAGAAACUAGAAAAUGCCCAGGCGUCAUUUCCAGAAAACAUAGCUGAGGAAGGCAGUUCCUGGGACAUGGUCAGCAAAAAUGACCUUUGGGAAGGUGGUAAUGUUGAGUUAGACCCAGAAGAUUAUGUUUUAGUCGGGCAAGAAGAUAUAAUGGAUGGUAUAGCCUCUUUCAUGGCUGCAUAUCUGUUGUCCCUUAAACAAACAAAGGAUCUGACACCAAAUCAACUUCAAGCAGCUCUGUGCAAGACUUUCUCUGUAAAGAAAAGGAAGGGUAAGCUUCGAAAAGCGUGGGAUGGCAGCAAAGUUGUCUACAAUGUAGCAUCCUGGGGAGCUACAGCCAUUGGAAUAUACCAAAAUCCUGCCCUCUUCCGAGCUGCUUCUACAGCUUUCUGGACCUCGUGCCAUGUUAUCUCAAAGCUUUUCUAGGCUGGUUAUUGGGUUUGACUCUCGUGGCUUCCUUUGCGCAGGACUGUGUUUGUAUGAAAUUUGUGUAAUAUAUGUUGUAUUUAUUUGUAAGAUUGCNG